AUGAGGACGAAAGUUCCAAGGAACUUCAAAAGCCCCGAUAUGGACCUACAUGAUGGGACUACCGAUCCAAAGCAUCACUUGAACAAUUUCAAAAGUCGGAUGUAUUUAGCUGACGCCUUUGAUGAUACUCGCUGCAAAGCCUUUCCAACGACUCUGACAAAAGCAGCGAUGAAGUGGUUCGAUAGCCUCCCCCCAAGGUCGGUCACCAGUUUCAACGACCUCUCGCAUAAGUUUCUUAUGCGAUUUUCAAUCCAAAAGGAUAAAGUGAAGCAUGCACCGAGUCUCCUCAGGGUAAAACAGGAGAUUGGAGAACCUUUGAAGGACUACAUAGAAAGGUUCAAUAAGGCGUGCCUAGAAAUCCAAGACCUACCUACAGAGGCAGUAAUUAUAUGCCUAGUAAAUGGACUCCGAGAAGAUCCCUUCUCCCAGUCCAUCUCAAAAAGGCACCCGACUUCUUUAAGUAAUGUACAGGAAAGAGCCGAGAGGAAAAUUUGUCACACUGAAAGACUACCUCCUCCUAGACCCAUCAAAAACAUGAAAGGGGGAAGUCGUAGCAAGUACUGCGAGAACCAUAAAUUGUAUGGGCUCUCAACAAAUGAUUGUUACGACCUGAAAAAUGUGAUAGAAAAGCUGGCCAGAGAAGGUCGAUUCGACAGAUAUCUCAUGGAAAGGUUGAACCAUCAUGGCAAGAGGAAGCGAGAUGAGGAAGAUUGA